AUGACAACUCCUAAGAACUACAUUCAUCCCAAGACACUGAUACGAGAUCUGACAAGAAAGUUCGAAGACGUAGACUACACCAACUCGACCAUUGAAAAGAACGAAAAGUAUGAACUCGCCCGGCUUGAGGCCGAGAUCAAAGAAUGCCGCAAACAUCGCGACGCCUUACGCGCUCUCGGUCCCACUCAGAUGACUGUUCAGGAUAGCGACUCCCUGGCUUACUGGGAAAAGGAGUUGGGCGAAAUGACGGCCUUGGAGCCCAAGUUGAAGCGCUUCUUCCAAGGGUUGCGUGACAAACUAGCAAAGACUGCUGCUGCGAAGAAGGCUGCCUCCCAGCCGAAGAAGGUGGUGAAGGGUGAGGAGGGGAGGGGUGGCGUGGGUGACUAUGGAGCCAGCCAAGGACGAGGGAUGGGUGGAAGAUUAGAUCCGAGGAGAGGAAGUGCUGACGGUGGCGGCGGAGGAGCGGGCGUUGAGAGCAGAAGGCGGUGA